ACAGAGAUUAGAAGAAGAACAAGAAAAAGAGGAACAAACCCAACCAACAAAUCUUUUGAUAAAAAAUAAGUUAUCGUCUCUGAUCGUGUUAAUUCUUUGGGGGGUUUCGAGCAGGUUCCAGUUCAUCAUAAAUAAUCCAGCAAAAAUUCAAGUAAACUCAGUUCAAUAUUCAUUUUACAUUGUCUUUUUGUUUGCCUAGGUUCCCGUUUUCUGCUAGAUUUGUUGAAUACUCUAGCUCUAUUCAAUUGGAGCUUUUGCAAUUGGUAAUAUCAUGUUCCCUCUAAAUUCUCUUAAUCUGGGUCUUGAUGUUGAAUAACACGCUAGAUUUAUGCCGAAUGUUUCUGGUUGAAUUUGUUGGUUAGAAGUGGUAUUUACGAGCUCUGCUUUUUCCCUGUAAACAUGUGAGUUCCAACUUGGGGGGUGGGGUGUAUAGGUUAGCUUCUUUUAUUAGAAAACUAAAUUAGGGUUUACUAUUCAGACAUCGACUUUAUGAUACAUAGAAGCAAAACUGGUGAAUAUGAAAGGCUACUUGAGAGCUAAGUGUAAGAAGUGCCAAUGUGGAAUAUGAAAGGCUACUUGAGAGCUAAGUGUAAGAAGUUAAGGGGCAUGGCGAUGGAUUUGGAAGGGGAAGUUGUGUCUCUGUAUUGAGUGGUUAGCAGUGCAUGACAAAUCAUUCAUGUAUAUCAAACAUGUUCAGGAGAGUGAUAGUGGCAUGAUCUGAAAAUGAAGGUUUAUGGCAUCUUACUGUUAGUAAAUUAUGCCUGGGAAGGAGAUAUUUGUUAAUUUUGUGAUAGAUGGCAUUGGAGGACAUCCUGGUAUUCAUUCUUGAGAGUUCAAUUUUUCAUUUUUAGAUUUGACAGGAAAGUUGUUCAGUUUACCUCCCCUCCCCUAGGCUUCUACAGACCAAUUGGCUGCGGAUGAGAUCUUUCUUAAUGAUAGAUGGCAUGGGGUCUUGAGAAUUUACUUAAAAUCGCAGGGCGAGUUAUUUUUGUUGGUAUCCAUGGGCUAUGGCCCAAAGGUGAAGUUGGGUCUCCAUCCACUCCCUAGCUUUCUUAUUUUUGGUAGAUGGCAUGGGGGUACAUCCUGGUAUUGGUUUUAACAACUAUAUGGCGUUAUGAUUUGUAUUAUCCAUUUCACUCCACUUGUACCCGUAUCGUUCCAAUUCUCAAUAGCUUGGGAUUCUCUAAUACUAGAGGUUCUCUAUUUUUCUAUUGACAUACAAAUAUGUAAAAGAUUGAAAUGACUCCUUUUAAGCACGGGAUCAUAUAUAAUCAUACCAACAUGACUAAUCCGUAAUCCUAUGUAGUUGGUAUUGUCUUUGAAAUUCAUAGGGCAAGUUGUUCAUUUUUCAUCUAUGGUCCAAAGGUGAAGUAGGGACCCUGUUUCCGUCUAUCCCAGACCAAGGUGGGGUUCUGUGGAGGUGAGAGGAACCUAGAUAUUCGAGGCCUUUGUGGAAUUGAAUGAUAAUUGAAAUCAGUGCUUUAAACGGUGAACUUGGCUGCCAUUCUCUCUUGUCUCCCUAGAAUAGGAUGCGUGGGAAAGAUGCCUUUGCUUUUAGGUAGACCCUAAGACAAUUGGAAUCACUGGAAAUCAGAGAAUGAAUACGGAGAAUAAGAAGUUUUCUGUUUGAGUUGAGUUAAGAGAGAGAAGGGAGAAGAAAAGGAGGGGUGGGUUUUGGUGGUAUCUUCUCUAUCUGACACGCCUAAGCAAAAUGAUUUGUGUUGAGUUCUUAAGUUCAAAUGAAAUUUAUCCUCCUUUCGAUGGUGACAAUGCAAGGAAAGAGUGCAUGGACUUCAUGCUCACCUAUAUUGCAGCUGAAGUGAAAGAAAUAUAUAUUACCUGUUGGAAUAUUUUGAACUAAAACUAACUUUCUAAAUGCAGGUCUUAAGCGGCCGCUGUACUCUAGACACCAAAUAUUCGAUUUUGCUUGCGGAUUGAUGCUUCGUAGUUUACCAGGUCCUGUUGCCCUGCAUGGAUCCUAUUAACUCUUUGGAUGAUAAGUCUGAAAGCAGACUUUAUGUCGGAAACCUUGAUCUUAGAAUAUCGGAGGCUGCUCUUAUUAAGAUGUUUUCCCCCUAUGGGAAGAUUGUAGCUGAAGACUUCCUGUGGCACACUCGUGGUCCUAAGCGUGGGGAGCCACGUGGUUAUGCUUUUGUCCAAUUUAGCACUAAAGAGGAAGCUGUAUUGGCCAAGGAGAAGAUGCAUGGAAAAUUAGUCUGUGGGCGACCUUUGGUUGUUAGGCUUGCCAGCGAGAAAUAUUUUAUGGAAGGGGCUGAAAGCUCUUUUGGAGCUGGUGGUGAAACGAGUAAAUCAAACUUUGUUGCUGGCUCUUCGGCGCAAAUGAGCAAGACUGCCAAAAUAGCUGCAAUUAAGAACAAAUUGAAGGCCAUGGAAGAAGAGAACCAGAAUUCAAAAAGACCAAAAACAGCAGACAAGCUCUCCGAUAGUUAAUGACAGAUGAUGUCAAGCUGACAAUACUGCUAAAGUCCGUUGAAGUUCUCUUGCCCUCAUCACCGAAACAGACUCCUACUAAUUUUUCCAUCCUCAGAAUUACAGUAUAGAUAUCUUUGGAUUGUAUUAAGAAAAUGCGAGGAUGAUAUUCUCAUAUUCAUAAACCUCCGUGCAGAGUGAUAUCAACUUUGUUUUCCUGUUAGUAACCUGACAAACGAUAAUUUCGGAUAUGUUGAUUCUUGUUGCGCACUUGAAUGUGAAAGUCAAAGCUUUAAUGGUUUUAAACA